AGGGUCAACAGUUCUACCUCAAUAUCCAGCUCAACCCAGAAGACCGGGAUAAGUAUCACUUCCUCCGAAUCCCGACAGAGAACAUUGUCCCCCUUGUAGAACAGACUCCACGGGACGCAUUGGACUUAACGCUACAGGAAAGAGAAGCGCACAAACCAUGUCGACACCCACCAGCGCUCAGGAGGAAGAUGUCUUGUCCUUGAAAUUAACCACUUACUUGGAACCCGAGCAUCGUGUUGUGGUGCCAUGUGGUCGUUGUAAAGACAAGCACCAGAAAUCCUUCGUUUCCACCCUGGUGUGAAUGGAAACCUAUGAUUGACGAGAACGGCAUGGUUGCGCUCCGUGACGGCCAUGUCAAACUGAUUGCCUCCGCUUGGUGCGCUAGCACAUCUCAUCACCGUGGUCCCGGCACCAAAUUUAGCUUCCAGGUUGAGUUGACUGGCAUGACCCGUCACCAGUCGGAGCCUUUACUGAUUUAUGAAGGCAGUAGUGACGAAGUUGAAAUCUAUGCAAGCCAUGGUCGCGAUAAAGGGGCUCGCAUCGCCAUCAAGAACCUUGAAAAGGCUUCGAAAGCACAGUCACCAGCAUUCCAUGAGCGUGGUCAUACUGGCCCACCUUCUCCAGCAAAGACAACAGCUUCGAGUCCUCCGAGCUCGCCCUCAACAUCAAUGGCUCAAUAUGAGUCUGGUCCUGCAAAGAAGAGGCGAGAAGACCCUCCAUUGACUCCACCCAUGAUCGACUCGGAUAUGCCUCCGACUAUCAAAAGUUUGGAGCCAAGGAAAGGCCCCAUCUGUCGGGAGAAUCAUGUCAUCAUUAUUGGUUCCAACUUUUCACGAGGCAUGACACCUAUGUUUGGACGAGAAUACGGCACAGUUGUCGACAUCAACCCUUACUAUAUCGAGUGCACAACCCCAAGAUACCCCAAUCCUGAGACUGUCCGCAUUUGGAUCUUCCACAACGAAACAUACAUUCCGACUGACAAGACAUUUGAGUUCACGGAUGAGCAAGCGCAAAGCGAUAUGGAACAGUUGUUAAGAAACCUGAUUCAGGACGGCGAGAGUGGCGAUGCUGGCUCGUAUCUGUCCCUUUUGGAACGCAUCGCUGGUCUUCCACCAUCAGCAGACAUCUCUGGUCAAACACAAUCUAAUGGUUCAACUAUGUUGCACAACAGUGUCAUUCUUGGCUACCAAGUGGGUGUCAAUCUACUGAUUGAAGAGGGUAUUGAACUAGACAUUGAAGAUGAUUCUGGCUUGACAGCCUUGGAUUAUGCUAUUUUCACCAACAAAGUGGAGAUUACACGGAUGUUACUUGAAGCUGGUUCAAUGCUUUCUAUGGAAAGACUUGAAAACUUGUCUCUCUCGCCUUCUGAGGAAAUGUCAACACUGCUAAGAGAUCUCUGCAACGUCAGCCUUCCUGAGCGCACUACUCUAUUGGGGCCAGAGCUACCACAAGCAGUGACACCUAUCGAGACUUAUGAUGAAGCAUCCGUGGGAGGUAUGAUCGAGGACACAAUUUUGGAGGAGACCAGGGCAGAGUCGAAUCAGAACUAUCAUCCUCAACUCCAGUCUUCUCAUCCUCAUCUGCUCAAAGAAUGACCCGCCCUCUAUCUAUUGCAACAGUCUCGACACAGUCUACUGGCAUGAUGUCCCUUGCACCCACCAUGUCCACCAUGGCUCUUUCUACAACCUCAUCAACACAAUCACGCCCUUCCAUUCCUCUCAUGGGCAGUCGUGC